GCCGGCUAACGAAAUCAGAAGUCAUGACCGAUAAAGAACCCGAUUUUCCGGAUGAUUCGGUCACGGAUUUCGAUCCCGAUGCACAACAAUUUGAAGGAGGAGACGGUGAUCACGACGCUACGUCAACAAACCAGGAUGAAACGACCGUCGAAGACCCGGAGCUGGAGGCUAUAAAGGCCCGUGUGAAAGAGAUGGAAGAAGAAGCAGAGAAACUUAAGGAAAUGCAAAAUGAAGUAGAAAAACAAAUGAACAUCACAUCCCCAACCACUGCCACUACUGCCACUGGAUUUCCCACUGUUGAAGAAAAGCUUGAAGCUGAUAACAGAUCCGUUUAUGUUGGAAAUGUAGAUUAUGGAGCUACAGCUGAAGAACUGGAACAACACUUCCAUGGCUGUGGAUCAGUGAACAGAGUGACAAUUCUUUGUGAUAAAUUUACAGGACAUCCUAAAGGCUUUGCGUAUGUAGAAUUUGCUGAUAAAGACUCCGUUGCUACAGCUCAAGCUCUGGAUGAUUCACUGUUUAGAGGGAGACAAAUUAAGGUGACUGCCAAAAGGACUAAUCGCCCUGGCAUCAGUUCCACUAACCGACCUCCCCGUGGUCGAGGUUUUCGGAGAGGUGGUGGGUAUAGAGGGUCUCCGUAUGGAGGGUACUCACCUCGACCAAGGGGCAGAUUCACUCGGUACAGACGGGCCUCGUACUAUUCUCCUUACUGAUGCACGUUUAGCCAUUAAGAUUUCUGGCAGCAAGGAAAAGAAAAGCUUGAUAGUUGGAUAUUAAAGAUAUCUGAUAGAGUAUUCUUUAGUGGAAAGUGGCAAUAUCAAAAUAUAGUAAUUUUCUACAAGUUGAUUAAAAAUAUGAAAUAUAAACUAGUUUGUUGCUGCCAAAUAGGCACAGUAUAAAGAAAUGAAAUCAAAUUUGCUGUCAAGGAAAACAAUGAAAAGAUGUAGGAAAGCAUUAAAAAGAUAUAUCAGCCACCAAAGAUGAGUAAUUGUAACAAAUUUUGACAGAUUUAAUUGUUGCCAACUACAGUUGAUAUCUUAAAUAUGUUAUUACUUUCUAGUCGAUUGCUCUAACUAUGAAAGAACAAAUAGAAUCUCGGGACCAAUCAAGUUGGUCUAUAGUAUGCAAAAGUGUGUGAAAGAAUUUGAAAGGUUUCAAAUAGAUAAAAAGAGUUAAAGCAACCCAGAAAAACCAAGAUGAAUUACAAACAUGAAAUUGCUCGUUGAUUAAAACUGAUUUUCAUCCAGAUUUUAUUAUUUCAGUCCUGAAAUUUUCAAAAUUUUCUACCCAAUUUUUAUUAUUUUUUAUGUGUAGGAAAUUUACAAGUAAAUAUUUUUAUAUAAAUUGAAUAUUAUAAAAUGUUUCCUUUUUUUAAGAAUUUUAUUUGAAAUGGUUCUGUUUUAAUGUUGAAAAAACUUUGCGGGACUAUACAUAGAUUUGAUGAACUAAUACAGGGUUUAGCUUUUUUUCAGAUUGCAGAGUCCUGACGUGUUCGGGUGUCUGUGCAGGUUCUUCACUCUCUGUUCUAUUUAAGGUCAAUUCUCAGUCGCAGAUAUUUUCUUCUGAAUUCACUCGCAGAGAAAAAAAAAGUAUAAAAAAAAAGGAAAAAAAAAAUAUAGAAGAAAGGCAUAGAGAUAAAAAAAAAUCGAAAAAAUUUAAAGAAAAAAAAAAGCGAGAAAAGAAUGUGUUAAGAGCAAAAGGGUUAAAAAAAAAUCAGGGAGUUUGAAAAAAAAUGAAAAGAAAGAUAGAAAAGAAAGAUGUGAAAAGAAAGAAGAUUUUAAUAGUUCUGUGAAAAAAUGUACGCAAUUGGGAUGUUAAUAAAACAUGACAAGGGAA